AGGAGGUGGGAUCUCCAGGGAAGUUAGGAAAGGAGGUGAAGCCUUUAAUGGAGCCGACAAAGCAGGUGAAACCCCUGGAACUUAGUAAAGAGGCAGACGACCCAGGAGAAGAGGUAGUGUGUGGAGAGGUGAAGUCUCCAAAGGAGGCGAUGGAGGAGGUGAGGGAGGUGACAGCUGUACAGGAGGUGCAUGAGGAGCUGGGAGGUGUGCAGGAGGUGCAGGAGGAGGUGAGGAAAGCCUCUGGGGCUCAGGAGGAGCUGGAGAACUCUGAGCGAGCGGAGGAGACCAGGAGCCUGAGCCGCCUCAGCAGGGGCAGCUGCAGAGCACGAUCAGACGACCUGACCAUAUGAGCCAUACACAAACAAACACACAAACAAA